AUGCUCUCAGCUCUCCAGAACACAUGCACUCAGCUCUCCAGAACACAUGCACUCAGCUCUCCAGAACGCAUGCUCUCAGCUCUCAGCAUGCACUCUCCAGAACAUGCAUCAGCUCUCCAGAAGAUGCUCUCAGCUCUCCAGAACACAUGUAACCUGGCUAUCCAUGAGGAGUUGAGCAGCUGUAGCCACCUUCCUGGGGGUAGAGUCCUCCUUGAUCUUCGGCAUGGGCUUUGCUACCAACUCUAUGAACAUACCGGCACUGGUCGGAAAGGUAACCUGGCUAUCCAUGAGGAGUUGGAGCAGCUUGUAGCCACCUUCCUGGGGGUAGAGUCCUCCUUGAUCUUCGGCAUGGGCUUUGCUACCAACUCUAUGAACAUACCGGCACUGGUCGGAAAGGGCUGUCUGAUUCUGAGUGAUGAGCUGAACCACACCUCGCUGAUCUUGGGGGCCAGGUUGUCAGGGGCAACUAUUUGGGUGUUUAAGCACAACAACAUGCAGAGCCUGGAGCGUCUGUUGAGGGAGGCGGUGUGUAGUGGGCAGCCUCGGACCCACCGGCCCUGGAGGAAGGUUCUGAUCAUGGUGGAAGGAAUCUACAGUAUGGAGGGGUCGGUGGUGCGUCUGCCAGACAUCGUAGCCCUGAAGAAGAAGUACAAGGCCUACCUGUACCUGGACGAGGCUCACAGUAUCGGGGCGGUGGGGCCGACAGGGAGGGGUGUGACAGAACUGUUUGGUCUGGACCCCUCGGACAUCGACGUCAUGAUGGGAACGUUCACCAAGAGUUUCGGGGCUGCAGGAGGAUACAUCGCUGGGAAAAGGGAGCUGGUCGACUACCUGCGUAGCCACUCCCACAGUGCGGUGUACGCCUCGGCCAUGUCUCCUCCCGUCACAGAACAGAUCCUGAGAGCCAUGAAAUGCAUCAUGGGGCUGGAUGGAACCACCGUGGGUCAGGCCAGGGUGCACCAGCUGGCAGAGAACACACGCUACUUCAGGUCUCGUCUUCAAGAGAUGGGCUUCAUCAUCUAUGGUAACGAUGAUUCUCCUGUGGUCCCAAUUCUGCUCUACAUGCCAGGAAAAGUUGUGGCUUUCUCUCGCGCCAUGCUGAAGAGGAAGAUAGGAGUGGUGGUGGUAGGGUUCCCUGCUACGCCCAUCACAGAGGCACGGGCACGAUUCUGUCUGUCUGCUGCACACACCAAGGCCAUGCUCGACCAGUACUACAUAGAGCCAUGA